GCCGUUGAGUCGUGUGCGGGUGAUCCAUUGAUUAUAACUGACUGGAGUGAAAUGUUUCGUUUCACGGCUUUCCGUAUGACUUUUUGGCAGAAGGGGACAAAAUACGAGUGAUAGAUAGCUCGAGAAACGAUGGGAAGAUGGUGAAGAAGCACCUCCGCUAUUGGCAUGGGUUCGCAAACGUUGGAAAUCCUGAGGCAAGGUGUCUGGGCGAGCCUGACAGGAGGCUGGUUUUACGACCCGCACCUUGAUAUUUUUUCAAAUACCUUUCACCUUUACGUAUGGCUUUUCCUGCUUUGCCUGCCAUUCACUAUAUACCUCUAUUUUCCACCUACACUCUAUGUAUGGCUUGCCUAUUGCUCGUCUAUCGUGGCUCUCUUUGGAACAAUAAAGUGCGUGAAUCAUGCAUUGCAUUCCGUGUACGAUACGACCGAAUGUUUAGAGGAACCAGGACUAAAUAUACAUCAACUGAAGUUUGAAAAUGAAAAGAGAUCGUAUUCUGCGCGUGUCAGGAGACUGGAACCUGUGCAGGAUCAAGUGGAUCUUGGUAUAGAGCUUCAGGUUUUAAAUGGAAAAACUGGGACACCACCUGUGGAAUGUUCAUCCCGUAAUUCUUACAUUGAGCAGAAUGUUCAAAAUCCAGAUGCGGAUAGUAUAACUUCAGAUUACAAUCAGGAUAAACCAAGUUCAACUAUAGAUUUAAAAGUGGAAAUACAUCGUAAGAAUAGUUCGGAGAGUUCGGAAGAAGCACAGCAGCUGAAUAAACCAACAGUCACUCGUAUGAAUGUGAACGAAGCACAAUUAAUAUUUUCUCGGGAUUUGGAGUCACGUUUAAGAAGUAAACUAAACGAAAGACGAUUAAAACGGCACAAAUGCGUGGCAAUAGCGGAAGAAGAUAGACAAGGACCUAGAAAAUUAUGUCGCCAUGCUUCGGAAGAUUCCCGAAGUCGACACUCAAAACAAAGCGGUCUUGGAAAGACCGGGUCGGAAAGUCAGAUAAAACAAACGAGCUCAUUGGAACUAGAGCAACACGGGGACGAUUAUCCAUACUGGAAAUCCAAUCAAAGUGUCAGAAGAUUAAAUUCCAAUUCAAUUCCUAUGGAGGCCCAUAUGACAAUCGACCAUCCUCAGAGCCUUGAAAUUAUUUCUAAAAAGGAAGAUGCAGAUAAGAAUAAAAUCCCAUCUCACCCUCAAUCAUUAGAGGUAAUUUCUAAGAAGCCAUAUCAUCCUCUAGUUCAUCCCCAAAGUCUGGAGACUAUUGGCGCUACAAGUAAAAAUACCAAUGCAACAGAUGAUAAUAAUUUACCUCUUCACCCACAAAGUUUGGAAACGAUAAAUACAAAAAAGGGUUUGCCACAGAAUACUUUAAAGCGCAAUCAAUUGCAGUUAUUGCCUUACCUCAGUUACGGAUCUGAGAUUGUACAUCCAAUAGCAGAACAAAGCGACGAACAGUUUGCUAAUGAAAGCUCGGGUGGUUACAGUUUACGGGACUCUUACAGUCCACUGCUUGCUAGAACUACCACCGAGGACCCUAACGUCAACUCCAAUCGUGAUAGAAGUCUUAGUACUGGAGGGUUCGAAGACAGAUACUUAAGAUACAACGGAGAGGCUGUGAUCGAUAAUGAUUCUGCGAAUUCUAGAGAUGCUCUGCUCUAUGAACCGAAGUCUUGCAGUAGAAGAAGAUUCAGCAAUGCUAGUCAGAGUAGUCGGGAAUUAUCCGACGGAGAGAAACGAAUGGAUAAGCAGCAUCAGAGCAAGUUAAAAAACGUGGACGAGCCAACAAACUCUGGAAGCGUCGUUGGCAUAGAUUGGCUCUUCGAAGACAACGAGUACGCACCUGAACCUUGGCCGAACAAGAUAUUUUGGACUUUCGCUCGGUCAGAUGAUACGGAUACUUCGGAGAGCCUACAAACAGCUAGUACCGACUAUCUUCACUCGAAAGAGCCCGAUUCCGGCUCGUCGAGCACAACGACGCUGAGUAUGGAGAACGAGGUGAAGCGAAAAUUGAUUCCUCAGCAUGGGAUCGAUUACAAGCGUUAUCAAGGUGCGAUACCGAAGCAGAGUCGUCCGAAGGUGGCCAGCGAAAGCAGCGGAGACGGGGUCUCCACGGCCGAAGUGCCCAGGCCGAAGCUCAGGGAAGUGAGGAAAGAGAUGCAAAGGAAGAAACGACAUUUCAAACAAGGUACCGGCUCGAAUAACGAGCUGAGCACGCUCCUGCCUAAUCCGGCACCGCCUCUUCUAGCGGCUCUACUCAAUUCCGGCUCCGAUUUCCACGGUCGGUCACGGAUUCCGCUCGACCUUGAAUUAAACCGCAUGUACGAGACGAUUUCGCGAAAACGGAGCCCCAAGCUACCCACGAGGACUUGCCGAACCCGGAAGGGAACCGCAUUGCUCAACAUGAUGUCUAACAACGACUGCCACUUGGCGACUAACCAUAACGACACCUCCGAAGGGGCCGUGCACUUCUUCAGGGACGAGAACAAUCGAUGGAUGACGUACACCUUCGACGAGAAAGGCACGGGCGUCGCCACGGGGCCUCAGAUACCCCUAAAUUAUCGUAGCUCGUAUCUGAAUGCGGUGCUGUGCAGGGAAUUGAAUUACAAUCGGCACCAGGACACCAACUGGAAGCUGAUGGAAUGGCUGAGCAACAGCUGCAGCAGCUUGUCGCUUAACUCGGCGGGAUUGACCGUGGUGAUAGACACGCCGCCGGCUUCGUCGGAUCUUUUCGGGGACCAAGCCGAGACGCAGGCUGCUGCAUCGUCUAACCUGGCAUCCGCCGAACCUCGCGGCUCUUGCCAGUGUCCGCCGGAGACCGCGGAAAGGGAUCCUUAUCACCACGUCCUCGCGGACUCGAUGCCGGAUCCGAACGCGAAGCUGCAAAAUCUGCUGGAUAACUUCACCCUGAGUCCCUAUCCUCCGGACUCGAGCUGCCAGACCCCGGAGAUCGUGCCUCCUUCGGGCCAGGCCGGAGAGAUGAAUACCAGUCACUCCUGGAACAGGUUCAUCGACGGAAUCGAUGGCGCCGGCGAGGCCAAAUCCAAGGCUACGAGGCACUAUUACAAGUGGAAGAUUGGAAAGUUCCCGCACCUGAAGAUCCGUUUCGAUCGGCUGGCUCUCCUAGCCCUGCUGGAUCGCAAUUUGACCAUCCUCGAGACGAUCGCGUCGACGAUCCUCGCCGUGGUAGUCGCUGGAUUGGGACUCGUGCUGCUUCAGCAGGGAUUCUACAGGGACAUCUUCGCGUUCAUUUUUUGCUUCGUAACCGCGGGCUGUCAGUACUCCUUGCUCAAGUCGGUCCAGCCCGACGCGGCUUCGCCCACUCAUGGGUUCAAUCGCAUAAUCGCGUAUUCCAGACCCGUGUAUUACAUUCUCUGUGCCGGACUUAUUCUUACCCUCGACGGGGUCUUGAGGAACUUUGAGAGCUCCGAGUUCCGGAUCUACGGCAUGCGCGUCCUGGAUUACGACGUUAUCCUGCAGACACGUAACGUCCUUUUAAUUUUCCUCCUGUGUUUCCCCUUAGUGUUCUCCCUGGGACUCUUCCCGCAGAUAAACACCUUCCUGAUGUAUCUCUGCGAACACUUGGACAUCCACUUGUUCGGUGGGACUGCGGCGACGAGCCUGGUGUCUUCGAUAUACUGCCUGGGGCGCAGCGUUAUCACUGUGUUCAUACUUUACGGAUUAGCAUACGGUGCCCUGACCGAGCCAAAGUCUUCCCAGCACAUCAUGUUCUCCAUCUUCGCAGGCCUCCUCGUGGCCAUUUCGUACCACCUCAGCAGGCUGUCCUCCGACCCGAGCGUCAUCUGGGACAUCGUCAAGACUAAUCUCUGGCCCCCUGAGAUGUACCUCGAAGAGAAGGAGGCGAAGAUUAUUGAAAACACUGCAGGAACGGAGGCUAACGUGAUUACUUCGUACAAGGAGAACAAGACUAAGACCUCGGGAAGGAAGAAGGACGUCAAGAUAGUCGUGGGCGAACAGAUUUCCGAUUCGGAGCUGAUAGACCCCUUGCCGCAGAAGCUGAGGGCCACGGUCAAAGCCCGAUUGAAGAACGACUUAAUAGUCUGCACCGUAAUAGGGACUUUGUCAUUUGCCAUCCAUUGUUCUACGGUGUUUACGGCACUGCAACCGGAGCUCAAUCCUGUUCUUUGUGGCAUCGCAAGUUGCCUUGGAUUUCUCUUACAUUACAUUCUACCCCAAUUGCGGAAACAGUUGCCUUGGCUCUGUUUAGCGAGGCCUGUGCUGCGGAGCCACGAACACGCGCAGUUCGAAGUCAAGGAACCCGUCAGGAUCAUGUGGUUCGAGAAAGUCUACGUGUGCUUGUGCUUCCUAGAGAGAAAUAUCCUUUACCCUGUAGUGUUCUUGGGGGCUCUGACGGAGUGCUCGUCGAAGAUUGUUGCCAAAUUCGGAGAGGCGGUCGGAGCACUGAUCAUCGUAGUCUGUGGACUUAAAUCUCUUCGUUCUACGUACUCCGACCCCACGGCGAGCUACCUGGUGCUCAUCUUCGCGGUCCUCUUCUUCAAGCUGGAUUACCACGAGUUAACCGAGACCUUUCUGGUGGACUAUUAUGUGACAGGAAUCGCUUUCGCUAAGAUCUACGAGUUGUUGCUGAAGAUACGGUUUGUUGUCACGUACAUAGCACCCUGGCAAAUAACUUGGGGCAGUGCUUUCCAUGCAUUUGCUCAGCCGUUCUCGGUGCCGCACUCUGCGAUGCUCUUCCUUCAGGCAGGUAUCUCGGCCAUCCUCAGUACUCCUCUGAACCCUCUCCUGGGCAGUGCCAUCUUCAUCUCCUCCUACGUAAGACCCGUCAAGUUCUGGGAAAGAGAUUACAAGACCAGGAGGGUCGACCACUCCAACACCAGGAUGUCUUCGCACUUGGAACGUAACCUGGGAGCUGACGACAACAACUUGAACUCGAUAUUUUACGAGCAGCUAACCAGAUCCCUACAGCACAGUCUCUAUGGUGACUUAGCUCUUGGACGAUGGGGUAACGUAGCCCAGGGUGACUGUUUCCUUCUUGCCUCCGACUACCUGAACUGUUUGAUACAUGUCAUUCAGCUGGGAAAUGGUCUGGUAACUUUCCAGCUGAGAGGCCUUGAGUUUCGAGGGACUUACUGCCAACAAAGAGAGGUCGAGGCGAUAUCCGAAGGUAUCGAGGACAACGACAACUGUUGUUGCUGCGAGAUGGGCCAUUUUUCAAACGUACUUAGCGUGAACGCGGCGUUUAGCCAGCGCUGGCUCGCCUGGGAAGUCGCCAGCGCCAAGUACGUACUCGAGGGCUACUCGAUAUCCGACAAUUCGGCGGGAUCUAUGCUUCAGGUCUUCGAUUUUCGCAAGGUCCUCGUUACCUACUACGUCAAGAGCAUCGUCUUCUACGCGGUGAGGUCGCCUAAGCUCACCCAGUGGCUGGAGAGCCCGGAAAUCGUCGAAGCCCUCAAGCCGACCCUCGAGAGGAACUUCGUCGAUCUCGACCCAGUAUUCAAUAUGAAUAUCGACGAGGACUUCGAUUUCCGUGCCAGUGGUAUCACGAGGAGUAGUUUCUGCAACGUAUACCUCGACUGGAUCAAACUCUGCGCAGCCAAGCAAGACAAGUCGUUAGAGCGAUCGCGCGAUUCGUGUUUGGUGUCACUAUGUCUGGCUCUCAGUCUGCUCGGAAGACGUGUCUUGGGUGCAGCCUCCCAUAACACCGUCUCCAGCGUCGAGUUUUUUCUUUACGGGCUGCAUGCACUCUUCAAAGGCGACUUUCGCAUCACAUCGGUACGAGACGAGUGGGUCCUGCACGAUGUAGAUCUCCUACGAGGCGUCGUCGCAAAGGGUGUUAGAAUGGCCUUAAAAUUACACCAGGAUCAUUUCAUGAGUCCUGAGCAAUACGAGAAACCAACUGCUCUCUACGAGGCCAUAAACAGCCACGAUAGGAACCUCGUUAUCAGCCACGAGGCGGAUCCAUUGUGGCGAAACGCUGUCCUUGGCGGCGCACCUAGUCUUUUGGCACUCAGGCACGUUCUGGACGAGGGGAUUGACGAGUAUAAAGUGAUAAUGUUGAAUAAACGGUAUCUGAGCUUCCGGGUGAUCAAGAUGAAUCGAGAGUGCGUCCGUGGACUUUGGGCUGGGCAACAGCAAGAGCUGGUUUACCUGAGAAACCGGAAUCCAGAACGCGGCUCGAUACAAAAUGCGAAGCAGGCGCUUCGUAAUAUAAUUAAUAGUUCCUGUGAUCAACCGAUCGGGUAUCCGAUCUACGUAUCCCCCUUGAUGACCAGCUACGCGGAGACCAACGAACAACUUUCUUCGAUCAUCGGAGGGCCACUCAGUCUUGGUGCGAUCAAGAGUAACGUGCUUAAACUCUGGCGAAGGAUACGAAGGAGAUGUGGCCAAGGCUGUUCCUCUGGAGGCACGGGUUUGCAAGACGAUGGGAGAUUUUCAAAUGACGGUGUAUAUGCCAUGACAACGUACAACGUGCACUCUGGUUACAGUCAGUCAGGUCAUAACACAUCCGGGUCUCAGUCAAUGGACUCCGGGUGCCAGAUCGGCGGGUCGACUGGACGUGGCUCUCUUGGCAGAGUGAACACUGGAUCGCUCAGUGGCAACAGAGGCUCCUUGGCAUCGGUCGGUAAACCUACCAGCUCGACUUUGGCGAGUCUCGCUGGCCUAGUGAGUAAUAGCGACAUCAAGACGGAGACCAAGUGCGAGACGAGUUUCUGCAGCAAGGCAGAGAAGGAAGAGGUCUUCCAGAGAGUCCGAAUCAUGGACCCGAACCAAGUGUACGAUGCUAUCAAUCUGGGUCGACGAAUAGACGUGAUCUGGCCUGACGAGAGGAUGAGGCAGCAAGGAGGUCGCUCUGGCUGGCAGCACUGGGUACCUGAAAGAGGCAUGGAGGGCUGCGUGGUACACAGGUGGUCACCGAAUCAUCGAGACCCCAAUCGCCGGUCUCACGUCGACAAAGUGAUCCUCCUGGUGAAAAUCGACGACAAAUACGUCCCCAUAGCGGAACAAGGAGUUCGGGAUCUGGGCGUCGAGGUCUAGCCAAUGUCCCAUGUUGCCUGUUAGGACAAUGCAAUGGCUGAACACAGAAUGCGUACAUUCCACGUAUCGGCUCUCUGUGGCUCAACUUGGGGAGCCGUUCGAAAGGGUUUCCGGGUUCGAAGCGGAAUCUGUACGAAUGUGUUAUCUCUUUUGUUAUCUUAGUUUCCGUUUCCUCUAUUGGGAUGGUUGUCGAGACCCUACUAUGAACCGCGUUGCCAAAUGGACCAUUGACACUACGCAUUACGAUAAUGCGUUUGUGGUCGAGCCUCCUUGUGCGUUUCGUGCACACGGGAUGAUCCGAGGUCUGGCGAUACGGAACGCAAUCGUAGUAUUAAUUUGUAUGCCGAAUUAACGGGAUACGCGGAGUCCUGUCGUGAUGUGUUAUCACCGCAUACCAAAUUGUUGUACCAUAAGCGUGUAUCAUAUAAUUAGUGUAAUCGCGGCGGUGAUUAGAGACUCGUUACCCCCCGGGGGAAAUUGAAUUUCCGCGACGAUUCGCCCCGACGUUAACGAAUCGUCCCAGGUCGACCGAGGUCUGCCCUAACAUCGACGAAUACUUUGUACAUAUACGCAUAAACACCGCGGCGGCGUUCGUGUUUUUCUACAUUUUGUUACACUUUUUUUUAAACAAAUCGGUAGGCGUAACGCUGUAAAUAGCGAUUGAGCUUACUCUAACACGAGGGCGCGAUUGUAAAUUUGCGAAGAGAUGCCUCUAGAGGACAUAUCGGUACACUGAUAAGUUAUAAGCGUACGACAGUAAGAGCUCUCGGGAUUAAUCACUCGUUUUGGCCCGCCGGAUGUUAGAGAGAUAUCGGGAGGCGAAUUUCUUAGUUUUAUUUCCGACUCCCUUUGGGAAGCGUUCGUCUAGGUUUAUUCGUGAUACGCGAGACUCGCGAGACACCUUCCUUUCGAUGGAACUUCUUCAUCCGGGAUUUUACUUAAUUUUUCUCAAGUUAUGCGAUAUAACGUUACUGCUGUAUACAACGCGAAUCCAUAUUCUAUACGCAUGCCGUCCGGUUAAGAAACGGCUACCGACAUUCAAAGGGUGUACUUUGAUUGUUGGGAACGACAGGGAGAGGUAGAAGAAGAAAAGAUAUGAGAAUAAUAGGUCGCAAGGUUGCUAGCAAAGAAACCCCCCGUUCUGUGUAGCCGUGAUUUUCGUCGCAAGGUACAUUGUCCAUACUCGAGACUCUCCGUAAUUCAUUUGUAACGUCAAAGAAUUCAGAAGUCCCAUAGAAGCCCAGAUCCUAUAUCAGCGCUUGAUGCUCUAAAAGUUGGCUAACAAAC